UCAGAAGAGAUUUUACAAUCAUAUGAGAGAAAAAGUCACUGGCACUCACAGCUCAUAACUGAAACAAUGACAGAUGUGAAGAUAAAGACUGGCCAGGCUGGCCCACCUGCCAUGAAGCCUGGAUACAACUACAUCAAUCCCGGUCAGGAGGAUCAGAUGGAAAUCCAUGGAUACAAGAGAAGUAUCAUGUGGACAAUCAUCGUUUGGAUAUUUAUCAUCCUCACAGUCGGUCUGCUGCGACUUUUCUACUACUGGUUUCCUCAUCUUAUGAUACGGUCCACACAUACCAAGUGUUCCUUGUCAACAGCCACUGUCGUUGUACUCAAGGACCAGUAUCUCCAGUGGUAUGUGUCCCAUGUCAGAGAGAUGGUGGUUGAUGGUCAAGGUGAAAAUACAGACAGACCAAAACUGGAGAGAGGCACCUCAACUGUCAGUUUUACAAAGCUUGAUGAAAAUGAAGAGGCCGCAGCCGCCGGAAGUACAGAACAACAAAUAAGAUUUGUUCGUUUUUUCUUCACAAAGAAAGUAAAAUUUUUAUGGAAUGGUGAUGAGCAAAACUUUGAAAAAGCCAGUGGACUAGCUGAAUGCACAAGUUGUUCAUUCUUUCAUCGACAGACAGGUCUCAGCGUGGAGGAUCAGAUUAAAAAAAGAGUGAUCUAUGGUGUUAAUUCUAUCAGGGUUCGUGUGACCCCUAUUUUUGAGCUCAUUAUCAAACAGAUUAUCUCCCCUUUCUACAUUUUCCAAGUAUUUUCCUGCUCUCUGUGGUAUGCUGAUGAGUAUUAUUACUAUGCGUCCUGCAUUGUUUUUAUAUCCAUUCUCUCUAUCAGCGUCUUUAUCUACCAAACACGAAAGAUGCAAAGGGCCCUCCGAAACACAAUUGCUUCAUCAACCAUUGUGACAGUGUGUCGGAAAAAUGGAGCUUAUGAAGAAAUCUCGUCGGAGGAUUUGGUUCCUGGAGAUGUUAUAGAGAUCCCUCGCCAUGGAUGUGUCAUGCAGUGUGAUGCUGUUCUUACCUGUGGAAACUGUAUUAUCAAUGAGAGCAUGCUUACAGGUGAAAGUGUGCCUGUGACAAAGACUCCACUACCAAAUCCUAGUGGCUCUGGAACAGAGGACAAACCCUUCAGCAUAAAGGAACAUGCACGUCAUGUAUUGUUUUGUGGAACAAAGGUCAUACAGACACGUUACUAUGACAAUCAGCGAGUGAGGGCAGUUGUUGCUCGAACUGGUUUCACCACAUCUAAAGGAGAGUUAGUGAGGUCUAUCCUUCACCCUAAGCCUGUGGACUUUAAGUUUAAUCGGGAUACUUACAUAUUUAUAGGAAUUCUUGCCAUCAUAGCUGGUUUAGGGUUUAUCUACACCAUCAUCUUAAUGGUGAUUGACGAGGAUGAUGCUAGCGACAUUGUUCUCCGUGCCCUUGAUCUCAUUACCAUUGCUGUACCACCUGCCCUCCCUGCGGCUCUCACUGUGGGUAUCGUCUUUGCUCAAAGACGACUGAAGGACAACCAGAUUUAUUGUAUCCUACCUAACUGUAUUAACGUCAGUGGAACCAUCAACACUUUCUGUUUUGACAAGACUGGAACACUAACAGAAGAUGGUUUGAACAUGCAGAGUUUACACCUAGUAAAAGAUGGCAGUUUUACUGAAGAAGUUCAGGACAAGUCUAUAUCAAUGUUAGACCCUACCAUGCCUGUCAUGGCUGCCAUGGCUACUUGUCACUCUCUCACCAUCAUUGAUAAUGAGUUGUGUGGUGACCCUCUUGACCUUAUCAUGUUUGAGGCAACUGGAUGGGACCUUGAGGAGCCAGGACAGGAACACAGUCGUUUUGACAUGAUGGUCCCAACUGUAGUGAAACCACACAAAGUGCAAGGUCAGCCAUGGAGUACACAACAGACAACAGAUACAGAAGUAGGAGUCCUCAGACAGUUUACUUUUACAUCUAGUUUACAAAGAAUGUCGGUCAUCACACGGCGUAUUACUGCCAACAACUUUGAUCUCUAUUGUAAGGGUGCACCAGAGAAGAUUGCUUCCCUUUCCAAACCUGAAACAGUUCCAUCUGACUUUCAUGAGGUGCUAAUGGGUUAUACACAGCAUGGCUACAGAGUGCUGGCAUUGGCAUGGCGACCUCUACCUGACAAACUUAACUAUUCCAAAAUACACCGAAUACAAAGGGAACAGGUGGAAAAGAAUCUGACAUUCCUUGGUCUCCUGGUGAUGGAGAAUCGUCUGAAACCUGAAACAACACCUGUUAUACAGGAACUGAAGGAGGCAAACAUACGCACUAUUAUGGUCACAGGAGACAACAUGUUGACUGCCCUCUCCGUAGCCAGAGAAUGUAAAAUGGUGGACCAACAUGAAAAGGUGAUCUUGGUGCAGGCAUACCCACCACAGGGUAAAGCUAAUGCCAGCCUGGAAUUUGUCAACGCUGAAAAUACCAACGAUAAAGUCAAGAAAGUUGAAAUGUCUGUCACAGGGUCUGAAACAAAGAUAAGUAUGCCAGGACUUCAAUACUAUCACUUUGCUGUGGAGGGACGAUCCUGGGCAAUAAUUAGACAAUAUUUCCCUGAUAUUUUCCCCAAGGUGGUGGUGCGUGGAACAAUAUUUGCAAGAAUGUCACCAGAUCAGAAAGCACAGCUUGUUGAGGCGCUCCAAGAACUCGGGUACUAUGUGGGAAUGUGUGGUGAUGGAGCCAAUGACUGUGGGGCUCUGAAGACAGCUCAUGCUGGAAUAUCUCUGUCAGAAGCCGAGGCAUCUGUUGCUUCUCCCUUCACCUCGAAAAAACCCAGCAUCAUUUGUGUUCCUACUCUGAUUAGACAAGGGAGAGGAGCUUUAGUGACAUCAUUUGGAAUUUUCAAGUUCAUGGCCGCCUACAGUCUCACACAAUUUGUAUCUGUCUGCAUGUUGUACUGGAUCGGCAACAACUUGACUGACUUUGAGUUUCUCUACAUUGACUUGUUCCUGCUUACAACACUGAGUAUAACAUUUGGUCGUACAGAUGCCUACCACAAGUUGUCCCCACAACCUCCACUCAUCAACCUGUUUGGGAUUGCCCCGAUCCUUUCCCUCAUCCUUCAUACAGCCCUUAUAACAGGCUUCCAAGUUUUAUGUUAUCUACAUGUAAUGCAGCAAAGCUGGUUUGUAGAUUAUGUUGAGAACGAAGAUGACGACUACAUAAGCUAUGAGAAUAUGGCUGUUUACAUCAUCUCUUGUUACCAAUACAUUAUGCUUGGAGUUGUCUUCUCAAAGGGGGCACCUUAUAGGAAACACAUGUUCACCAACUAUUGGUUCAUUGCCAAUUUAGCACUGUGUUUAGGGAUCACACUUUGGGUCAAUAUCUACCCCACUGAUGGACUUGCCGAAUUUCUGGAGUUACAAUCUGCACCAGAUGUACCUUUCAGACUUAUAUACAUUGGCAUCGCAGCAGCUAAUUUCUUGGCGGCAAUUUUACUAGAGACAUUUGUGAUCGAUAGCUACUUUGUCUCCUGGAAGCUACAGGAAUCAGUCGAAAAGUGCUGCAAUAGCGCCACCUACCAAUAUCACAUCCUCGAGGACGAGAUUAAGGAAUCGCCUCAGUGGCCCCCUAUCAGCCACUCGACAAGUCUUGUCCAAGUAUUUGGUCGCAUGGACAGUGUAAUGAGCACAUCAAAAGAGGAGGACCAAGCCAGCUUGUCUGGAAGUCUGAUGGACUCUGACCAAGGGGAGACAACUGAGACAGUCUUCACUUUGGAAGAGGUUGAUAAAAAAGCUUCAGUCAAUGAGGGAUUUGUAGAGGAUGAAGAUUUUGUAACACCUUUAUGAGACAGGACUUCACAUUGAUCCUGGGUAAAAGGGAACUCCUAAUUGUUAUAUUUUUUGUAAUUUUUUUUACAUAUGAACUAUAGGACAACUUCCUCUAACCCGUAUUUACUUUAAUACCCUCAUUCAUUGAACAGAUCACUUGGUUCUGACCAUGUUCUCUGAAAAUAUUUCUCUAUAUUUUACAUUGAAUUUCUAGAACAAUUAUUCAUCAAAUUUCCCACAUUCACCGAACUCAUUUUUACCUCUCAUCCUUAGAUGUUCAUUGUAUUUCCCCCUAUAUUCUUAUUACAUACCUGUACGGUACAGGAAGUGGUAUGUUUACAUACCUGUACAGUACAGGAAGUGGCAUGUUUACAUACCUGUACAGUACAGGAAGUGGAAUGUUUACAUACCUGUACAGUACAGGAAGCGGCAUUAUUGUAUACCUGUACAGUACAGGAAGUGGCAUGUUUACAUACCUGUAUAAUACAGGAAGUGGCAUGUUUACAUACCUGUACGGUACAGGAAGUGGCAUGUUUACAUACCUGUACGGUACAGGAAGUGGCAUGUUUACAUACCUGUACGGUACAGGAAGUGGCAUGUUUACAUACCUGUACGGUACAGGAAGUGGCAUGUUUACAUACCUGUACGGUACAGGAAGUGGCAUGUUUACAUACCUGUACAGUACAGGAAGUGGCAUGUUUACAUACCUGUACAGUACAGGAAGUGGCAUGUUUACAUACCUGUACAGUACAGGAAGUGGCAUGUUUACAUACCUGUACAAUAUAGGAAGUGGCAUGUUUACAAACCUGUACAGUAUAAAAUAGAACAUGUAAUGAAAUUUUAAAUUUUAAUUGUGUUUUUAGCGCACUAGGCCCUUAAAACUAAAUUUUUUACAGGAGGGGUGAGUCUGUUGUGGGGAAAUUCUCAUGUGUUUUAAAUACUUCUCUUUUAGUUUAAAUAAAUCUUAUACUGUAAAGGCACUUGUUGUCAUGCAAUCACUUAUAGUGCAAUAUCAAUUUGGAACAAUGAUGAUUCGGCACAUUCACAAUAAUUUCUAUACCGAUAUUAUCAACAUCCAGAAACUCCAAUAAAUGCAAAAAUAUUUUAAUGCAGUAUCAAUAUAACUGCCAAGAUAAGAUAUAAUUGUAAGCACUGAUAUAAGAAAUCUGCUAAAAAAAGAUAAGCACUUACAUAAUUGCCAAAAUAAUAUACAAUUUAAAAUAGGAUAACCACUAAGGUAAGAUGAGUAUUAAGAUAAUAAGAUAACUGCUGAAAUAAGAUAGGCAUUAAGAUAUUUAAUUAUUUGAUGUUCUUCCUGUCAUUUUUUAUUCCACACUACAAUCUUAACAAAGCUAGCAGUAGACUAUAUAUUACAACCAACAUUUUUUAUCUUUAAGAAAUAGAAUUCUCAUGUAGCUGUGACAUUUGUUCUCUGUUUUAGGCGUUAAUUUUGAGGUUUUUU